AAAAAAUGAAGCUUCCUGUGUCAUUCAGGGCUGAGUCUUUGACGGAUUGCCUCGCUCUGCCUAUAAAGCUUGCAAGCUCCGUGCUAACCCUAGAACUCAAACCUUAGAAUAGUCUCAAGCACAACACCUUCAAUUCUACAAAAUCAAUUGCAAGACGAGACAGACAGCUAAGGUUCAGACACAAUUCAACCAACAUGACGGGCCCACCAUUCACUCUCCCGAGCAAGUACGCAGAGGUUCACAAGCGGGAGAAUCAGCGCGGCGUAGGCGAUGCUCGGCCAACUGGUGUGCAGAUCCUCAAAGACGAGAACAGAUUCGACGGGUCCCUCGACAAGAAAGUAGCAGUUGUCACGGGCUGCUCCUCAGGCAUCGGAGUUCCAACAGUCGAGGCUCUUGCGGCAGCGGGAUGCAUCGUUUAUGGCGGCGUCAGGGGAGCCAGUAUUGAACGCGCAAAAGAGGCGUUCUCAUCAGUACUAAAGGACCCUCGGACCAAAGAUAAGGUUCAUCUACUAGAUCUGGAUUUGACGAGCCUUGCAAGCGUCAAGGGUUUUGCCGAUGAAAUCAAGAAGAGGGAGUCGCGCGUCAAUCUCCUUAUCAACAAUGCCGGGAUCAUGGCUGUUCCUACGCGGGUGCUCACCAAAGACGGCUUCGAGUCUCAAAUUGGAACCAACCAUCUUGCCCACUUCUACCUCUUUCAAAACCUCAAGGACCUCUUGAUUGCAGGAUCCAAGGCCUCGCCAGACUUUGCAUCCCGUGUUGUCUGUGUCAGCAGUUCUGCGCACAAAAACAACCCCGUCAUUCUAGACGACAUCAACCUCGCCAAGCCCGGGAGCUACGAACAAUGGAAAGCAUAUGGCAAUUCCAAGACUGCUAACAUCUGGAUGGCAAAUCACAUAGAGCGCCUCUAUUCGUCUCAGGGAAUCCACGCCUACUCACUCAUGCCAGGUGGCAUCGCGACGCCGCUGCAGAAGCACGUGCCAGAAAUGAUGGAGUCUGUCAAGGAGCUGGAGACGGUUAAGAACUACAUGAAGAACACGGAGCAGGGGUGCGCGACGACCAUCUGGGCGGCCACGGCACGCGAUCUUGAGGGCAGAGGAGGAGUGUUUUGUGAGGAUUGUUGUGUCAUCGGAAAAAUGGACACCGUGGGCAACAAUGGAAUUGACAACCUUGCUCCUGGGUACGCUGAAUGGGCCUAUGAUCCUGAAGGGGAGGAGAAGCUGUGGAAGGUGAGCAACGAGUUGGUUGGACUCGAGGCCAAUGCUUAGGGGUCCUACUCAGACAUCUGCUUUUUUGAUGGGCUAGGAAAAAAUACACGAUGCGUUCUUUCGAAAUGGACCAGCGUAAAUAGAUCUGACAAUGAUAUUGCAAGAUUGAUUGGAGUCUCA